AUGUUCGACACGCUGUUCGAGCGGAACUUCAUCCCAUGGAAGUUCUAUCCAAAGCGCGCAGUGUUCGAGCCCGGGAGGGACGGCACGUACCGCGGCCCGCGGAAGGAGAUCACGAAACUCACACUGGUACUGAAAAAACCAGACCCGGAAACCCUCCUGCGCCCACUGGCAGGCUCGGUCGACGAAUCGUAUGAGCUAGCCUUGAACACUGAUGGGACGGCGACAAUAGCCGCAAACUCCACGAUCGGGCUGGUGCGGGGUCUGACAACGAUGACGCAGCUUUUCUUCAAGCAUUCGGAUGGCCAGGUAUACACGAAGCUUGCUCCAGUGAAGAUCUUCGACGCGCCAAAGUUCCCGCAUCGUGGACUGAACAUGGAUGUAUCACGGAGCUAUUACCCGGUCAAAGAUAUCAAGCGCCAGAUCGACGCUCUGGGGUACACCAAGUUCAACCGCCUGCAUCUCCAUAUCACGGAUUCGCAAUCGUGGCCGCUCGUUAUUCCUGAUUUGCCAUGGCUUACUUGGAAGGGAGCUUAUCAGUAUGAUAUGAUCUACACCCCUACCGACAUCAGCGAUAUCCAAUAUUACGCUGCCCUGCAUGGCAUCUCCGUGGUCAUCGAAACCGACAUGCCUGGCCACACCACCAGCAUCGGAUAUGGCUAUCCAAAUCUCAUCACCGCCUUCGAAGAAGACGACUGGGCCACCUACGCCGCGCAGCCCCCAUCAGGCACCCUCAAACUCAACUCCCAGGAAGUCUUUGUCUUCCUCGAAAAACUGUGGAAUGACCUGCUCCCCCGCCUGAAGCCCCUCUCCGCAUACUAUCACACCGGCGGCGACGAGGUAAACAAAAACGCCUACCGCUUCGACGAAACCGUCAACUCCUCCGACCCCGCAGUCCUGCAACCCUACAUGCAGAGCUUCGUCAACUUCAACCACGACGCCGUCCGCCAUGCCGGCAUGGUCCCCAUCGUCUGGGAAGAGAUGCUCCUCGAAUGGAACCUCACCCUCGGCCGCGACGUCGUUGUGCAAACCUGGCAAUCCUCCGCCGCCGUCCAGCAAGUCGUCGCUAAAGGCCACAAAGCCCUCGUCGGCAACUACAACUUCUGGUACCUCGACUGCGGACAGGGGCAGUGGAUCGACUUCCCCCCGGAUUCUUCGGAGGGGUUCUGGCCGUACGCGGACUACUGCUCCCCGCGGAAGAACUGGCGGCUAAUCUACUCGCUCGACCCUCUGGACGGCAUCCCGGCGAACCAGACGCAUCUGGUGAUCGGCGGGGAGGCGCAUAUCUGGGGGGAGCAGACGGAUGCAGUGAACGUGGAUCGGAUGGUGUGGCCGCGGGCGGCGGCGGUGGCGGAGGUGCUGUGGAGUGGGGCUAAGGAUGCGGAGGGGAGGAAUCGGAGUCAGGUGGAGGCGAGUCCGCGGUUGGCGGAGAUGAGGGAGCGGUUGGUGACGAGGGGGGUGGGGAGUGAGCCGGUUCAUAUGCCAUAUUGUACGAUGGAGGAUAAGGGGUGCAUUUGGUGA